AACCUUUUUGUAUUUGCCAAGGAAUGUAACAUGUGACUCUAUGAUUUUCACAUGAUAGUAUUGAUUCUAUCUGUCGUAGGAAUACGAAAGAAAUACAAACGAACGAAACAAAGAAAGAAAGUCAACAUGUGCGCGCAUAUAAUGUAUACACCAUUAUAUGCUUACAUUUCGAAUUGUUUUUAUUCUAGGCCUUUGAAAGAUGAUUGCUUUGUUGUUUAUUUUUUUCGCUGUCUUAUUGUUAAUAUACGUAAAAUUCAAAUAUUUUACACUUCAUGGUCCAAUACCUGGUGUAUCGCCACAUUUCUUUUUUGGGAAUCUGAUCCAAUCAGGUUUAUUAUUUCGUAAAAAAACAUCAUCUAAAGUCUACAUAUUAUUCAAGGAACGUUUCGGUGAUAUAUAUCAAUAUUGGCUUGGUUUUACUCGUUUCAUUGUCAUACAUAAUAUUGAUGAUGUUAAAUAUAUUUUCACCCAUCGAAAUAUAUACGAUCAAGGAGAGCUAUUUUUAGAAAAAUUCAGUGUUCUGGUUCCCGAUAGUAUCAUUUGUAAUACAGGUAUGAUUAUUUUUUCCAGUUGUAAUAAAGAUUUUUUCAUUAUGAUUUAUAGGUGCCAAAUUCAAGCGACAUGGUGCGCUGACAAUGCCAUUAUUUCGUCGUAGCAAGAUUAUUUCGAAUAUAAGUAUAAUUAUCGAGGGCACUGAUAAAUUAUUAGAGAGAUGGCGUGCUAGACCAUCUGGACAGGUACAUACGGAUAUUAUUGAACAGUGUCAAAAUCUUUUACUUGAAAUCUUUGGACUUAUUGCUUUUGAUUACGAUUUGGAGACACUUGAUAAAAAUGAUUCAGGAAAUAAGAAUGAACUGACUAAAGCGCUACGAGAUAUCAUGAGUACAUUUAGAAUGACUGUAUAUGCGCCUAGAAUUAUUUCAAUUAUCUAUCUGAAAUGGAGUUCUCGAUAUCAACAAGCACAGGCUACAGUCGAACGAUAUCUGAAUAAGAUGAUCGAACAAGAAAUGGUUGAAAGCCCGGAUUCCAUAGCACAAAGAAAGAAAACAUCAUUGAUCGCAUCAUUGGUUAGUUCAUUACAAACAGAUGAGAGAGCCGAAGCAAGAAAAAAGGAAGAAGAUAAAAAAGGUUUAUCACGAAAAGAACUUUUUGAUGAGAUGCUAAUGUUUAUGAUUGCUGGUUAUGAAACGACAUCUACGGCUCUUGCUUGGUCUAUUUAUCAGCUAAGUAAACAUCCACCCGUUCAACAAAAUAUCAAGACAGAGUUGAUGCAAUAUCACAGUAGUCAAUACUUAUCAUUGGAUCAUCUCGACUCACUCAUUUAUUUGGAUUGCUUUAUUAAUGAAGUACUUCGUUAUUCUCCAACGAUUGACGGAACAUAUCGUUCACUGCUUGUUGACGACUACUUGCCCAAUAGUGGUACUCGACUCUAUAAAGGUAAUCAAGUACUUAUUCCGACAUCUGCUCUUGGUCAAGACCCUCGUCAUUGGAAAAUCGAUCCUAAAUUGUUCUAUUCAGAAAGAUUUCUUAACGAAGAUAAAGAUCAUCAUCCAUAUGCAUUGCUACCAUUCGGAGGUGGCCAUCGUCAAUGUUUUGGACAAGAUUUGGCUAGAUUGGAACUCAAAGUAAUUCUAGCUCGUAUGUUGCAGCAAGUAACAUUUGGUGAUGGUGGUCCUGAAGCUAAUGCAGGCGGAUAUAUUCAAGCAGUGACUAUCAUGCCCAAACAUGUUGGGGUCACCAUUGACUUCAACUGA